AGUGAGCCAAGAUUGUGCCACUACACUGCAGCCUGGGUGACAGAGUGAGACUCUGUCUCCAAAAGAUUAAAUGGCCCAUAUUUGGAGAAUGGGUCCUAUUUCAUAGAAUUUUUUCCCACAAAAUAUUAAAUGUAUAACUACAUUUAAUUUGCAUAUUCUUAUAAGACAUUUUAUAUACAUUUACCAACUGAUGGGAAAAAAUCUGUCAACCACAUUUCCAAAGUCUGCUUUUUUAAUUAGUCCAUAAUUUUCAUUUACCUUGAAGUAUAUGUAGGCUAGUAUAUUGGAUUAGCAGGUAUAUUCAGAUGUGAAGGUUAAUUAUGGACCAUUGUCUCUUUUGUGAUAAAUUUUGGGGUCAGAAACACUUGUAUUUAAAUCUGAGCUUUCCUUUUACUAAUAAGGUUGGUGGGGGUUUGGAGCAGAGCAGAUGUUAUUAAUUCUCCAUUGUAGAAAUAGGCUUUAUAGCCAUUCUUUUUGUAUUCAAUUUUAAGUUCAUUACUCCAAGGUGUCUGCAUUAGCAAGAUGCAUACUAUCUGCUGGAUACUCUUCAAGGAAUAUCAGUACUAAGGUAGAAAGGGCUGCUCUAGACUGAAUGUUUGUAUUCCCCCCAAAAUUCAUAUGUUGAAACCUAAUCCCCAGUGCAAUUGUAUAAGGAGGUGGAGCCUUUGAUAGGUGAUUAAGUUAUGAGGGUGGUACCCCCAUGAAUGGGAUUUGUGCCUUUAUACGGAGCCAAAAAGAUGAGAGUUCUCCUUCCACUGUGUGAGGUUACAGUGAGAAGAUAACCAUCUCUGAACCAGGAAGCAGGUCCUCACCAGACACCAAAUCUGCCAGUGCUAUGAUGAUCUUAUACUUUCAGCUUCCAGAACUAUGAGAAAUACCUUUCUUUUGUGUAUAAGCCACCUUGUUUAUGGUGUUUUCGCUAUGACAGCCAGAAAAUAUUGAUACUAAGACAAGGACCCUGCCCUCAAGGAGUUUACUGUCUAUGGAAAUAAACAGGAAAGGACUUAUGCCAAAAAUGUGAUUGCUAUGAUACAGAUAUGUACUGUGGAUGUGCUGUUGGUGGUACAUAUACCACAGAAACCAGCAAAAUACUGCAUCCAGUCAGUUCUGCUAUAAUGAGAUGUAUACAUUCUUAAAAAUCACCAAGUGUAGGGAAAAAUAAGAUUGGGGCACAACAUAUAAAAGUUUCAUCAGUAACACAUUUUUAAAAGAAGUAGGAACCUAAUAAAAAUGAUAGCACCGUUUUACUGGUUUUACAUGUUAAAAUGGUUAAGAGAAACAUAAAAACUACAAUAAAUAUGGCACUUUACCUUUAAAAAGACCUGAAGUUUGCUUUUGAAUAUAGUCAUGGGAAAAGAUGCCUCUUGUGAGUUACUAUGAAAUGGUGGAAGGACAGUUGCCUGAAAUCUGAGGGAAAGUUAACACCAGAUGUGGAUGGCUGUGGCUGGUAACAUAAGAGAUGUACUGAGGUAGCUGGGAGAUGUUUGAGGUGUGUGUUUUAUGUAUUCCUAUGUUCAGGCUCUGGCUGAAUGCAGUUUUAUUUCAUCUGUCUAGUGUUAAAUGGCACAUAAGCAAAUGGGAUUCAUGUGCUCAUGUUGUGCCCUAGUGUAACCAGCACAUUGAAACAAAUUGUAAAUUUCAAAACAAACAUUACAGUAGAACUAACUGUAUCAGGGCUUUUAUUCCAUUCUGAGAGCUGGCUUACCAGCACACCACUGGAAAGAGCUGUCCGUCAGCCUGGAGGAGUCUUGGAUGCCUUUACAGGGAAGAUGAUGAGUGAACUGAGACUUGCUGAAUGAGUGUAGUAAUAUUUUUGCCAGGUAUAGUAUAAGUAGAGGGAGGGCAUUCCAGGCAGAGGGAACAGCAGCUUCUGGAAUAGCAUGCAGAAGGAAGCCUCGUGUCUCCAGAAAACUCCUAUGUAGUUUGAACUUGGAAAGAAAAAGAAACACUGUUAAUGAAAUUUAGCAGUUAGGCAGGAGCCAAAUUCAUCAUGGCCCAAUGUACCACUUGAAAGAAUUUACAUCUUAUCCUUCAAGGGGGAGAGACCACUGAAGAAUUUUGAACAGAAACCAUGUCCCAGUGCUGAUUUAUGUGGCUCUCCUGGAGGCAGCAUGGAAGAUAGUUUGAAGCAGGGCCAGCUGGACUCAGAAUCUGGAGAUUUUAUAAUCAAUGGAUAAAGUGGGGAAAAUGUGGAAUAACUUCAAAUACAGGUGUCAGAAUCUCUUCGGUCAUGAGGGAGGAAGCCGUAGUGAAAAUGUGGACAUGAACUCCAACAGAUGUUUAUCUGUCAGAGAGAAAAACAUCAGCAUAGGAGACUCAACUCCUCAGCAACAAAGCAGUCCCUUAAGAGAAAAUGUUGCCUUACAACUGGGAUUAAGCCCUUCAAAGAAUUCUUCAAGGAGAAAUCAAAAUUGUGCCACAGAAAUCCCUCAAAUUGUUGAAAUAAGCAUCGAAAAGGAUAAUGAUUCUUGUGUUACCCCAGGAACAAGACUUGCACGAAGAGAUUCCUACUCUCGACAUGCUCCAUGGGGUGGGAAGAAAAAACAUUCCUGUUCUACAAAGACCCAGAGUUCAUUGGAUGCUGAUAAGAAGUUUGGUAGAACUCGAAGUGGACUUCAAAGGAGAGAGAGGCGCUACGGGGUAAGUUCUGUACAUGACAUGGACAGUGUUUCCAGCAGAACUGUAGGAAGUCGCUCUCUGAGACAGAGGUUGCAGGAUACUGUGGGCUUGUGUUUUCCCAUGAGAACUUACAGCAAGCAGUCAAAGCCUCUCUUUUCCAAUAAAAGAAAAAUCCAUCUGUCUGAAUUAAUGCUUGAGAAAUGCCCAUUUCCUGCUGGCUCAGAUUUAGCCCAAAAAUGGCAUUUGAUUAAACAGCAUACAGCUCCUGUGAGCCCACAUUCAACAUUUUUUGAUACAUUUGACCCAUCUUUGGUUUCUACAGAAGAUGAAGAAGAUAGGCUUAGAGAGAGAAGGCGGCUUAGUAUUGAAGAAGGGGUUGAUCCCCCUCCCAAUGCACAAAUACAUACAUUUGAAGCUACUGCACAGGUUAAUCCAUUAUAUAAACUGGGACCAAAGUUAGCUCCUGGAAUGACUGAAAUAAGUGGGGACAGUUCUGCAAUUCCACAAGCUAAUUGUGACUCGGAAGAGGAUACAACCACCCUGUGUUUGCAGUCACGGAGGCAGAAGCAGCGUCAGAUAUCUGGAGACAGCCAUACCCAUGUUAGCAGACAGGGAGCUUGGAAAGUCCACACACAGAUUGAUUACAUACACUGCCUCGUGCCUGAUUUGCUUCAAAUUACAGGGAAUCCCUGUUACUGGGGAGUGAUGGACCGUUAUGAAGCAGAAGCCCUUCUCGAAGGGAAACCUGAAGGCACGUUUUUGCUCAGGGACUCUGCGCAAGAGGACUACCUCUUCUCUGUGAGCUUCCGCCGCUACAACAGAUCCCUGCAUGCCCGAAUUGAGCAGUGGAAUCACAACUUUAGUUUCGAUGCCCAUGACCCCUGUGUAUUUCACUCCUCCACUGUAACAGGACUUUUAGAACAUUAUAAAGAUCCCAGUUCGUGCAUGUUUUUUGAACCAUUGCUUACUAUAUCACUAAAUAGGACUUUUCCUUUUAGCCUGCAGUAUAUCUGUCGCGCAGUAAUCUGCAGGUGCACUACGUAUGAUGGAAUUGAUGGGCUCCCUCUACCCUCAAUGUUACAGGAUUUUUUAAAAGAGUAUCAUUAUAAACAAAAAGUUAGAGUUCGCUGGUUAGAACGAGAACCAGUCAAGGCAAAGUAAACUUUCCGGUCCCCAAAGGGUGUUAACUAGGUCCGCUUUCAUGUGCAUCAGACAGUACACCUAUAGCAAGCACACGUAGCAGUGUUAGGCUUUUUCAUACAGUAUGUAAGCUUAGUGUUAGUAUCUGUCAGAUGCGACCUGCUGUUACUUAUUCAGAUAAAUAUGGUGCCUAUUGGAACACCAGAGGAUAGAGCUACAGGUGUUAAGUAAGACUACAAAAACAUUUUGCCGAUUUCGCUAACAGUUUGGUUUUUAAUGGCUGUAGUAUUUGAGUGAGGCAACUCUGGGGCAUUUGUUAUGAAGAAUUCUAUUUCUUACUGAAGAACAAAUUAUUAAUAUUGGAUGAGUAUUUCAACAGUGUGACUAAUGUUUGAAAUUAUUUUUUCUAAGAGUUUUUCUAUAACCUUCCAAAAAUAGUGAUGUUUGUAGUUACUAUAAAUCAAGCUUUGGAAGUCCAAAAAGAAUAAAAGACUGCCUUCCUUUUAGAAAAAAAUGCAAUUUUCUGGCCACAAGGGCAUAGUGCAGUUCACUUACGUGUUGAUGUAGUUUAUAAUCAGAUGCCUUUUCUCUUCUGCAAAAGGUACUGUUAGGUAAUACAGAUUUUCUAAGUCACUCAUAAAUUUCAGACUUACAAUGUUAGUAGUAGAAUUUUAUUGAAAGGCCCUAGGUAUUAAUUUUUUAAAUGAGUGCUUUAACUUAAAACAGGCGUUUGGAAUAGCUGCUGCAAUGUAGUCUUGCGUGUGAUUUUUUUUUUUAAGUUGAUGUGCAGUCUAAUUGUUGUUUCCUAAAAGUUGGAUCUGUUCCUAUGCCCAAGAUGAUUUUGUGAACCAUGAAGUACAUGAGAUUAGAAGAUGCCCAAACAAGUCAGAUAAUAGUAACUACAGUGGUUGCUGAUGUUGAGAUAUUGUUGAACUGUAAUUAAUAAUUUGGAUGGCAGAAUUUGUCUCUUUUUUGUAAACUCUCAUAGCUGAAUUGCUUAAGUAUAAUUUAUAGAAUUUCAGUGCAGUUAAUUCUUAAUGGAAAAUCUGAAACCUAAAUUGCAGAUUUAAAAGGUACUGUACAACCAUUAUAUCUGUAAAUAACUUUACUUAGCACCUUUUUGUCACUUAGAAUAAUAUGUACUACUACUUGAGUGAGCUCUUUUGGAAGUUAUAUCAAGUUCUAGUGUUUGCUUCUUAGUAACUGAACUGAAUUUACAGUUCUGUCCUAGACAUUUUGCACUAUAGUAGCCGAAUCCAUUCUUGUGUCUUUUUGUUAAUGUGCUCUGUACCACUGGUGAGUGCUCCAUAGUUUCCUUACCUGCUGCUACAGAAUGUUAUUUUACAUCCCUAUGGCUAUUGCCAAGGCUACAAAAAAGAAGAGCUAUAUUUGUAUGCAACACUAACCCUUUGACUGCUAAUGUAUGUUUCUGCUUGCUGUGCCUUGUUAUGGCUGCUUUGUUUGUGCUAAUAAAGUAUGUUUGGUGUUCUCCUUGUAUAUCUGCUGUUUUAUACUUUUGCAACAAUUUCUCUUGUAAAUGGAAUGGUUUGGGGUUUUUAAAUAAGCAUUAACUAACAACCUUUUCAUAGUUAAUGCAGACUUACUGUACAGUCUAAUAUUGACUUAUCAAAAUAAGCUAACUCUAAAUUUAAUGCUCUACAUCUUAUCAGUCAUAAUUAUAUAUACUGUGGAGCAGUAUAGUUACUGCAAAUUACUGUACAGUUUAGGUUAUAACAGAAAACUGACAGAGAAGUAAUAAAUCUUUUGAUUUCUCUGCUUAUAAGUGAAAGAUUGAAACUAUCCAAUGACAUAUUAUAGUAAAUGAGUAUCUGUAACCUCCCACUGCAUCAGAAGCAGGUUAAAUGAAGUCUUGUGAAUUUGUAAUACAUCAGUACCAUUUAUUGGUUUGGGGACCAUCUUAAUUAAAAAUAAAUGCCCAAAAUGUAGAACUUUAACCAAAGACUUGUCCAUUUUAAAGCAAAAUGGGGAUUGAAGGGACUUAGAAUUUCUGUUGUUUCUAAUUAAAGUCCCUGAAGAUCAUAUACCAAAGUGUUUGAGAACUUCAUCCAAACCUACUUUAAAGCAUUAUGUGCAAUUAAGUUGUUAUGACAUAAUUAUAUCGCAUAAUUGUUGGGUCUGUUUUCUUGAGCUUAUAAUGUACCUGGAAAAUAAACCUCUUGAGAAACAAAAAGUUCAUACUGAUUAUUGGAAAAGGACUAUAUAUGAGAGCAAGAUUGUGUUUUAGAGAGGAAACUUGAAACUCCAAGAAAGCACUUGAUGUUUUUAUAUGCUUGUAGCAAAUUGAUGUUCUAACUGUAGUUUUAUAGAAAGUAUUAAUGCUUUUAUGUAUUUCAAAACUUUCAUAUGUUAAAUGGAAAUUGUUUUAAAUGUGUUUGAGUUUAUGUAAGCAUGUAUACACUGUGCUAAAAGUCACUUAUGUUUCAGUUUGUGUAUAAUAAUAUGCAAUUUUUGGUUUAAAUUUUUUUCUUAAAAUAUUAGUGGCUUACAUUUUCAAAAACAAAAAUCACCAGCAUGAACUUGCACCUAAGUCUAUAUUCACUGUGUCCUUUUCUGAAUCCCAUUGUAGCCUGUCAACUAAAUUUGAGUGUGUUAUGGUCUUUUUAAAGUGCAUUUAAAUACAAACCAGGAAUUUCUUUAGAAGUUGAGAUACAUCUUUAUAGUUGAAAUAAUUAACCCAAGAAAAGGUUGCUUUGAUUUGUACUCAUUCUUAUUCAUUCUCUUCAUUCUCUUCCACACACACACACACACACACACACACCCCUCUCCCUUCGCCUAUAUGUGUGUGUAUGUAUGCACAUAUAUACAUUUAUGUUGUUAAUAUUACUUUAGAUGGCAUUGCCACCUGAUACAAAAACAUUUAGAGAUCUUAUCCUAUAGAUACUACCUGAAGAGUAUUCUUGUACUAUUCAGAUUUUAUUAUCUGCACUAAAAGUUUAGUCUUGCUACUUUAGCCUUGUUUAUAAUACAGUCACCUUACAAAGA